AUGCUCAGCAAAGAGGGGAGCAGUCAAAAGAUGGAGAACCAUAGCGCUAUGUCAGAGUUCAUUCUCCUGGGGCUCCCCAUCCAGCCAGAGCAGCAGGGCAUCUUCUUCACCCUGUUCCUGGUCAUGUACCUGACCACGGUGCUGGGGAACCUGCUCAUCAUCCUGCUCAUCAGGCUGGACUCUCGCCUCCACACCCCCAUGUACUUCUUCCUCAGCCAUUUGGCUCUAACUGACAUCUCCUUUUCAUCUGUCACUGUCCCAGAGAUGCUGAAGAACAUGAAGACUCAGGAUCAAUCCAUUCCCUAUUCAGGAUGUAUAGCACAAACGUAUUUUUUUAUAUUAUUCACUGAUCUGGACAACUUUCUUCUCACAUCAAUGGCAUAUGAUCGGUAUGUGGCUAUCUGUCACCCCCUCCACUACAUUACCAUCAUGAGAGAGGAGCUAUGCACCUCACUUGUAGCUGUGUCCUGGAUCCUAUCCUGUGCCAGUGCUUUAUCUCAUACCCUCCUAUUGGCCCGUUUGUCCUUCUGUGCUGACAACAUCAUUCCUCAUUUCUUCUGUGACCUUGCUGCCCUGCUAAAGCUCUCAUGCUCAGACAUCUCCCCUAAUGAGCUGCUCAUUUUCACAGCCGGCACGGCAGUCAUUACUCUACCACUAAUAUGCAUCUUGAUCUCUUAUGGCCACAUUGGGGCCACCAUCUUGAAAGUUCCAUCUACCAAAGGGAUCUGCAAAGCUUUGUCUACUUGUGGUUCCCACCUCUCUGUUGUGUCUCUGUAUUAUGGUGCAAUUAUUGGACUUUACCUUUUACCAUCAUCCAGCACUUCCAGUGACAAGGACAUAAUUGCUUCUGUGAUGUAUACAGUGGUCACUCCAUUGCUGAACCCCUUCAUUUAUAGCCUAAGAAACAGAGACAUGAAGGAGGCUCUGAAGAAACUCUUCAACAGGGCAGAAGUCUCAAAUCAAUAA